GUUUUGAUUGCAGUGGUUUUCCUCUUCCUUCUACCCACUCCGAUGGAGCUUCAUCAUUGCUUGUCUCGCAUCGCUUCAUCUGCAUUGGUGUACGCUGUAUCCACGUUUGCUUCCCACGGCUUCUAAUCAUUCUUCCGGAUUAGCCGUGUCUAUCUAUAGUGUUUGACGUAAAUUAGGAGAAUAGUCGCUGUCCGGCUUAAAUAAACCUCCGUCAUUCUCAGACAGUCUUCAAUAGCUUUGCUUCCCGUGGAGCAGGAGUGUGACUCGCUUACACAGUAGUAUGGUCUGCCUCUCUUUGAGGCACCAUCUCGUGGGGUGUGUUGGACUGGAAAUGCCGCAGCGCUCAGGAGUCAAAGAACUUCGUACUUACUACAAAGAAACGAAGCCAGCCCGUCCCCAAUCUGGAAGCACCAGCUGUGAUCGGCUGCCGAAACAAAGACACGGGAUACCAAGCUUUGAAAGAUCAUCCAGUGGCUUCCUGGUCAACCCAAUAACAGCCCAUCCACUGCCUGUUACUUUCGCCCUCUCUGUUGCUGCCUUCUCCUUAUUACUUCGAUGGUGUCUGUGUUCGUCCACCCAUACUGACCGUGGCUCUGUCGGUGUUGCCAUCCCUCAUCAUUUAUCCGUCAUGUAGCCAUGACCUCAUUCUCCCCUCCAACCCCCUCUAAAGCAAGGGGGAUCACCCCACAUCUGGUAUGAGGCUGGAGGGCGGCCUCACCGAUCCAGCCUGCCGUUCACCGUUGGACGUCAUCGGCUUGCUCUGCUGGAGCUUGUAGGCGCCACGAUCACUGUGUUGUGUGACUCCACACAUUGGGGGAUGGUGACCAACUGCGGCCGAUUCAACUGUCGCAGUCCUCACCUUGCACCGGUGAGGGUCACCACUCUGCAUGGAAUGUCUUUGUAGCACCUGGUGCGUACUUUUCC